AUGGGCGGUAAAUGCUGUAAGUCUGGUCCAGAUAAGGAUGCACUAGAGACUGAGAAGCUGAAGAGGCUUUGUCAAAAACGCCACAGAGCAAGAAUCAAGGCAGCUGAGAAGAUCCAGGCCUGGUGGCGUGGCACCCUGGUACGUCGCACCCUGCUGGUGGCAGCCCUCAGGGCCUGGAUGAUUCAGCUCUGGUGGAGAACACUUUUGUGGAGGCGGGUUCUUAAGCAGCGGCAGGACCUGUUGAAGAUAUAUGUAAUCCAGGAGGAGGCGGCAGUCAAGCUCCAGUCCUGGGUUCGCAUGUGGCAGUGCCAUCGACGUUACUGCCGAAUAUGCAAUGCUGUCUGCAUCCUUCAGGCCCCAAAGAGCUAUUUUGCCUUCCAGACCAGUGAUAUUCUACAGGCACAAUAUGAAGUCACUCCCAACCAGCUGGAGUUCCAUAUUGAAAUCCUAUCAGUCUAA